UACAAAAAGUUACGAGUGGUUUUCUGUAAUUAUUCAGUUUAUAAGAUAUUAUUUGUUAAAAAUGAGUAAAAAGAGGAGUUCAGAAGCAUCGGAAACAAGUAAAGCCAAACAGUCAAGACAUUGGUCCAUGGGAUUAUUAGAAAGUAUGAAAAAUCCAGAACUUGUCGUUAAAGAAACUGAGAAACUAGUAGCUAUAAAGGAUAAAUACCCGAAAGCCAAAAUACACUAUCUAAUCCUUCCACACGAAAACAUAAGUGGUAUUUCAAAGUUAAAUAAAUCUCAUAUAGAACUGCUAGAAGAAUUUAAGAGGUUAUACAUGGAAUUCACGGUAAUGCAUAAAGAAGCUGGUUUAAGGGCUGGUUUCCAUGCGGUUCCCUCAAUGCAGAGGCUGCACAUGCAUGUUAUUAGUACCGACAUGAUAUCUCCGAGUCUCAAAACUAAGAUCCAUUGGAACAGUUUUACCACUGACUUCUUUAUUCCUGUUGAUGAUAUUAUUAAGGAACUAAAAGAAAAUGGGAUGCUGAAACCAAUCUCAAAGGAAUUACACAAAAGCCUCAUGGGGACACCCUUAAAAUGCAAUCAAUGUAGUUUUGAACCUAAAAAUAUGCCUAAUCUCAAAGAGCAUUUACUAACUCAUAAAUAAAUUCUGCAGGCAUUAAG